AUGUUCAUAGUGCGAUCUUCAUACCGAGGUCCUCCGCAUCCAUGGGAUUCGUUCCGAGUCGUCUUUAUUAUUUUGAUUAUGGCAGUUAAAGUUGAUGCCCUCAUCAAGAAAGCAGUUGUUGAGUGGUCGCCGAGUGGUGAACCCUUUCGUGAUCCGAUGAUUGAUCAUGCAGCUUUGGUUGAGCUUCAUCUUCUUGAUCGUAUAGUAUUUGCUUGCGACAAAUCUGUGCCAGCUGUCAUUUAUAAGGUAUCGGAGGAAUCAUUCGCUGAGUGUAAAUACGAUUUAUCAGCCCAGUGGGUCGGAGAAUGCUCUCGUGGGCUAAAAUAUGUGACAGUUUCUCUGCGAAGUCUCGGUAUUGGGCCUACACAAGCAGCUUUCUAUCCAAACAAGACAUAUUUCUUUACAUCGUUCUCUUCUGGUACGACAAGUGGAAUCGGAGAUAAGAUGGGUGGUCUGUGUGAUAUGGGAGUCCGGCUCAUUCUUGAAGUUCGUGAUUCUACUGUUCGUGUUCCUUUGAAGCCGCGCUCAGGAUCACAGGUAGCGCAGGUUCCCGUACAACGUGUUUCUUAUGGUGGUAUGCCUGAGAAAACGCGUCAGCAACGUUUUCAUGAGGGGCCACCUUUUAUGGAGAUGAGAACGUUCUCUAACAAUGGAAAUUUAGCCUCAAAUUUAUAUAAUGCGCCGGAAGAGGAGAACGAAAGCAGUUUUCUUUUUGGAUGGCCUUGGCUCGAUAGACAGAUCGCUGACGAUAAUUCACGAAUACAGGUAAUAAUGUGCGACCUUGCCAGUACAAAAUGUCUGAUGGUGAGCAAAAGUUGGGGCGGGAUGGGAGAGAGGCGAGAACAUAGUUAA